AUGGGCGCCCCGGCCUGCGCCCUCGCGUUCUGCGUGGCCCUGGCUAUCGUGGCCGGCAGCGCCGCAGGCUCCCCAGACACGGAGCUGCGCGUUGCGCGGAGAGCCGCAGAGGUCCCGGGGCCUGAGCACACCCAGCAAGAUCAGCUGAUCUUCGGCAGUGGGGACACCAUGGAGCUGACCUGUCACUCACCCAUGGGUAGCUCCCCGGGGCCCACGGUCUGGGUGAAGGAUGGCUCAGGGCUGGAGCCCUCAGACCGAGUCCUCCUGGGACCACAGGGCCUGCAGGUCCUCAAUGUCUCCCACGAGGACGCAGGGGUAUACAGCUGCCGCCAGCGACUCACCCAGCGCGUCCUGUGCCGCUUCAGCGUGCGGGUGACCGAUGCCCCGUCCUCGGGAGAUGAUGAAGAUUCUGAGGAGGCAGAGGACACAGGGGCUCCCUACUGGACUCGGCCUGAGCGAAUGGACAAGAAGCUCCUGGCUGUGCCAGCGGCCAACACCGUCCGCUUCCGCUGCCCGGCAGGCGGCAACCCCACCCCCUCCAUCUCGUGGCUCAAGAAUGGCAAGGAGUUCCGAGGCGAGCACCGCAUAGGGGGCAUCAAGCUGCGACACCAGCAGUGGAGCCUGGUCAUGGAGAGCGUUGUACCCUCUGAUCGCGGCAACUACACGUGCGUCGUGGAGAACAAGUUCGGCAGCAUCCAGCAGACAUACACGCUGGACGUGCUGGAGCGGUCCCCACAUCGGCCUAUCCUGCAGGCGGGGCUGCCAGCCAACCAGACCGCGGUGCUGGGCAGCGAUGUGGAGUUCCACUGCAAGGUCUACAGCGACGCGCAGCCCCACAUCCAGUGGCUCAAGCACGUGGAGGUCAACGGUAGCAAAGUGGGCCCCGACGGCACACCCUACGUCACCGUGCUCAAGACCGCGGGCGUUAACACCACGGACAAGGAGCUAGAGGUUCUGUCCUUGCGCAAUGUCACCUUUGAGGACGCGGGGGAGUACACGUGUCUGGCGGGCAAUUCUAUCGGGUUUUCCCAUCACUCUGCGUGGCUGGUGGUGCUGCCAGCUGAGGAGGAGCUGGUGGAGGCGGACGAGGCGGGCAGCGUGUACGCGGGCGUCCUCAGCUACGGGGUGGGCUUCUUCCUCUUCAUCCUGAUAGUGGUGGCUGUCACGCUGUGCCGCCUGCAUAGCCCGACCAAGAAAGGGCUGGGCUCGCCGCCUGUGCACAAGGUGUCCCGCUUUCCGCUCAAGCGACAGCAGGUGUCCUUGGAGUCCAACUCGUCCAUGAACUCCAACACGCCCUUGGUACGCAUCGCCAGGCUGUCCUCGGGGGAGGGCCCAGCACUGGCCAACGUCUCCGAGCUUGAGCUGCCUGCAGACCCCAAGUGGGAGCUGUCCCGGGCUCGGCUGACCUUGGGCAAACCUCUGGGCGAGGGCUGCUUUGGCCAAGUGGUCAUGGCGGAAGCUAUCGGGAUUGACAAGGAGCGGGCCGCCAAGCCAGUCACUGUGGCUGUGAAGAUGCUGAAAGAUGACGCCACAGAUAAGGACCUGUCAGACCUGGUGUCGGAGAUGGAGAUGAUGAAGAUGAUCGGCAAACACAAGAACAUCAUCAACCUGCUGGGAGCCUGCACGCAGGGCGGGCCCUUGUACGUGUUGGUGGAGUACGCGGCCAAGGGCAACCUGCGAGAGUACUUGCGGGCGCGGCGGCCCCCGGGCAUGGACUACUCCUUCGACACUUGCAAGCUGCCCGAGGAGCAGCUGACUUUCAAGGACCUGGUGUCCUGUGCCUACCAGGUGGCCCGGGGCAUGGAGUACCUGGCCUCCCAGAAGUGCAUCCACCGGGACCUGGCCGCCCGGAAUGUGCUAGUGACAGAGGACAACGUGAUGAAGAUUGCUGACUUUGGCCUGGCCAGAGAUGUACACAACUUGGACUACUACAAGAAGACCACCAAUGGCCGGCUGCCUGUGAAGUGGAUGGCGCCCGAGGCCCUCUUUGACCGAGUCUACACACACCAGAGUGAUGUCUGGUCCUUUGGUGUCCUGCUGUGGGAGAUCUUCACACUGGGGGGCUCGCCGUACCCCGGCAUUCCUGUGGAGGAACUCUUCAAGCUGCUUAAGGAAGGCCACCGCAUGGAUAAGCCGGCCAACUGCACGCACGAUCUAUAUAUGAUCAUGAGGGAGUGUUGGCAUGCGGUGCCCUCCCAGCGGCCCACCUUCAAGCAGCUGGUGGAGGACCUGGACCGAGUGCUGACAGUGACGUCCACCGACGAGUACUUGGACUUGUCAGUGCCCUUCGAACAGUACUCACCUGGUGGCCAAGACACGCCCAGCUCUGGCUCAUCGGGUGAUGACUCCGUGUUUGCCCACGACCUGCUGCUGCCUGCACCGCCCAGCAGCGGGACCCCGCGAACGUGA